AUGGUGGAGAAGCGAAAUCACCGAACUGAAACCUGCUCACCCGGAGUGGCCACGGAUGGACCCUUGACAAGACAACUCCCCGUUGCCAGCCACGACUUCGGCCCAAGAGUUCUCGCCAUUGCCAUCGACCCACGAUGCCAGAGCACCUCGCCCGAUCCACGGGGCUCUGAGCACUUCCUGGAUGCGUCCGACCUGGGGAUGUCGCCGGACGCAGAGGGCUAUCAGGAAUUCUUGGAGGACAUUGGCAGCGCGCCUCCAUGGAGUCUCUCCCAGCUGCAGGGCUACUUCGAUCGCCGCUAUGCAGGCUGGGACGAUCCGCCGAAACUGUCUCUCGCCUCGCCCGUGCGGCGGCUGCAAUACUUGGACGAGGCGCUACGUUCCGACGAUCCUCAGAGCAUCGAUGAGACCCUACGGGAGCUCGAUGGAGAGGUGAAGAAUGCCUUGCUCCGGUCCCUGCUUCGUGACAGCAGCAGCGAUGAGCUUUGUUUUCUGACCCUACUGGUGGGUGAACUGGGCGCUCACCUCUUUGACCAACGGGAGGGCCGCAAGAACGACAGGAUGGAGGCUGAACGCCACCGGCAACAGCGGGAAGAGUCGCUUCUGACCUCGUUCCAAGCGGAAAGGGCCACCCUGACGCAGCAGAUGGAGGAGCUGGCUGCCGAAGCAGAAGGCUCUCGCAGCGAGUUGGCACGCUGUCGCGCGCAGCUGCAAGCGGCGCAGGCAGAAGAAGUCGAGAGCUCCGAGAUGCAGCUAGAGAUGCAAGAGCUUCAAGCGGCCAAUCGCAGGCUCAGUAUGGAAUCGCAACAACUCCGGGAGGAGUUGCAGGAGCUGAAGGCUCAGAAGGCCAUGCUGCUGGCAGCCAAGGAGGAAAGUGAUGGUGCUCUGGAUGAGCUGUCUAGAAGAUGGUCCAAUGCCUCAGGUUCUUUGCGCGAUGCUGAGGCAGAUUCACCACCUCGAAAACGGGCCAGUCGAGGAGGUCAACCACAGGCAUCCCUUUUGGGCCGAUUGGCAGAUGACCUGAGUGCGGAAGGGAGGCUCCGUGGUGCCUUGAUGGCGUGGCGCAUGAGCUGCUUGGAGUCCAAGAUGAAGCACUGCCAGACCCUGCAGGCAGAUCUUACAAUGGCCAAUGGUGCCGCGAAGGGCAAGAGGAACUGCCAAGUGGAGGGUUGCUGUUGCCAGCGCGAGGCGGAAUGGCAUGUCCUCAAAAAUGUGGAGGAUUUGACCCAGAGGUAG